CUCCAGACUCAAACCACAUCAACCAACCCCACCGAAUCCACCUCUCGCCGGAGUCCCAGCAAGGAGCGAGCAAGCCAGGAAGAUGGACGCCAGCAAGCUGAAGAAGGUGGCCGGGAAGAAGUUCGGCGGGCCGAGGAAGAAGUCGGUGACCAGGUCCGUCAAGGCCGGCCUCCAGUUCCCCGUCGGCCGCAUUGGGCGCUUCCUCAAGAAGGGCCGCUACGCCCAGCGCGUCGGCUCCGGCGCCCCCGUCUACCUCGCCGCCGUCCUCGAGUACCUCGCCGCCGAGGUGCUGGAGCUGGCCGGGAACGCCGCCAAGGACAACAAGAAGACCCGCAUCGUGCCCAGGCACCUGCUGCUGGCCAUCCGCAACGACCAGGAGCUCGGGAGGCUGCUGUCCGGCGUCACCAUCGCCCACGGCGGCGUCAUCCCCAACAUCAACCCGGUGCUGCUCCCCAAGAAGACCGCUGAGAAGGCCGAGAAGACCGCCGCCAAGUCGCCCAAGAAGGCCACCAAGUCCCCCAAGAAGGCCACCAAGGCCUAGAUCGUAGUAGUGCGGUGUGCUGAUGGUUCCAGUGUGGUUAGAUGUAGAAGCUGUUUCACUCUGUAUCCUGCGCCCCUGAUGUAAUCGGAAUCAAAGGGGAAGCCGCUUGCUUCCUCUUGACUAAUGAAUUAUCAACUAAGCGUUUCUGAA